AUGAGUUCUGAGAUCGUGUACUCAAGGAAAAUGGUGCUAGAUUAUGAAGGAUGUACAAAGAAGCAUAAUACAGGAAAAUACAGACAGAAUACUCAACAGAUCCAAACCAGUGGUUAUCUGCACCAUCUUGCUCCUCUCAAACAUCUUUACCAGAAGAAUCAUGACAAUUACAUGUCCCACUUUCGUCUUGAGCUCAUCGAGUGUGCUAAUUUUCAUCCAUUAGGCCUCUCCUACAGAAUCAUCCAGUUAUCUUGGUAA